UGCAGAUGGCACACCAUACGAGGUUCAACCUUUCGAGAGGACACCAGCGCAGUCCCGAAAUAAUUAUUUAUAAGAGGAGCCCCUCGUAAAUUGUGGAUUACUUUUAACCAAGAGCAUGGCUUCAAGGCUAGCUUUUUUAACAAUACUGCUACUGGCCAGUAAGACGUUGGGGAAGCCGACGUUUGGCCGAGAACAUGUGCACAUAAGGAUUCAUCUUCCAGAUUAUGGUGGAGGUCAUGGUGGUGGUGGUCAUGGAGGUGGAGGUCAUGGAGGUGGAGGACAUGGCGGAGGACACGGUGGAGGUGGACUACCUGACCUUGGUGGACUAUUAGAUGGCCUUACCGGAGGUGGCAAUCACGGAGGAGGUCACGGUGGCGGAGGAAACGGCGGUGGUCACGGUGGCGGAGGAAAUGGCGGCGGUCACGGUGGUGGAGGCCAUGAUGACGGAGGUUAUAAUGGAGGCGGCCAUGGAGGUGGUGGUGGACCGCUAGACUUUGGUGGAGGAUCAGAUGGUGGCCACGGAAAUGGCGCCGGCGGUAGCCACGGUGGAGGACCAAGUAGUGGUGGCCUUGACGACAGCAUCAUAGGACCUUUGAUCGGAAGUAUUUUAGGUGGCGGCGAUGGCGGUGGAGGCAGCCACGGAGGUGGUGGUGGUGGAGGGGAUCACAAUGGCGGAGGAGGCUACGGUAACGGUGGUGGUGGAGGAGGAGGCUACGGUGGAAGCAGUAGCGGCCAUGAUGAUGACAUAGGACCUUUACUGGGAGAACUUGUAUCUGGUGGAGGCGGUGGAGGCCACGGUGGUGGAUACGGUGGUGGCGGUGGAGGUCCUGGUGGUGGAUACAGUAGUGGCGGUCAUGGUGGUGGCAGUGGUGGCCAUGGCGGUGGUGGAUAUGGCGGCGGCAACGGUGGAUAUGGCGGCGGUGGUAGCGGUGGUUAUGGCGGUGGCGCUGGAGGAGGAUCUGGUGGCCACGAAGACAGUGCUAUCAUUGCUAGUAUUAUUGGAAAUGAUGGCGGUCAUGGCAGCGGGGGCGGUGGCGGUAGCUACGGUGGCGGCCCUGGAGGUGGUUUUGGUGGCGGUCAUGGUGGUUCGGGUUCAAUUGUUGAAUCAUAUUCAACCUUGAGUAGUGGACAUGGCUCUGGAUCCGGACACGGAGGAGGCAGCUAUGGAGGUGGUGGCUAUGCUAGCAGCUUCGGGGGAAGCUAUGGAGGCGGCCAUGGAAGCAGUCAUGGCGGUGGUGGUGGUGGUCAUAAUUUAGGUCCAAUUGGUGGUCUUAAAGGUGGUCUUGUCGAGAAUCUUGGUUUAUCAUCUGGAGGUCAUGGUCAUGGAGGAGGUGGUAGCUACAGUGGUGGUCAUGGCAGUGGCGGUGGCGGAUCAUCUCAUGGUGGUAUUGGAUCCUAUGCUAGUGGUUCAUCCUAUGGCAGUGGAUCAUAUGCCAGUGGUUCAUCCUAUGGUGGCGGACAUGGAGCUAAACAUGCAGCAGAAACUAUUGUCAUCACUGAUGGUGGUCAUGGAGGUUCCAGUGGAGGACUUGGAGGAUAUAGUUCAGGACAUGGUGGUAGCUUAGGCGGAGGUGUUGGUCCUAAAACCGAAACUGUUAUAAUUAAACAUGAAAGAGCUGGCGGUCAAGGUGGAAGCCACGGAUACGGACGAGGACACGGAAGCGGUGGUGGUUCAGGUGGUGGGAAACACGUUCAAACUUACGCCAUCAUUCAUGAAAAUGCUGGAAGUAGCGGAGCCCAUGGAGGCAUCGGUGGAGGCAGCUACAGCAGCGGUGGAUCAAGCUUAAGUAAUGGAUGGCAGCUAAGCAGCGGAUACAACACAGGGAGCUAUGCCAGUGGCAGCCAUGGUAGCAGUCUUGACGAUACUAAGAUCGCAGCAAUCGCUGCAACCUCUGGAGUAGUUGGUGGUGGUGGCGGAGGCUACAGUUCAGGAGGAUAUCCUGGAGGUAAUCCCAGUGCCGGACAUGUUGAUUUGACUACAGCCAUUGCAGCCACAGCUGGAAGCAGCCAUGGCAGUGGAUACGCUUCUGGUGGAGGUUUAACUUCUGGAGGCUACAGUGGAGGUCAUAGCAAUUCCUAUAGCUCUGGUGGAUAUUCUGGAAGCAUCAGUCAGGAAGAAAAACUCGCUGCCAUUGCUGCAACCUCUAUUGGCGGUCACGGUGGAGGUCAUGGUAGUAGUUACAGUUCAGGCGGUUCAGGUGGUGGAUAUUUAUCAUCUGGCGGAGGUUUGAGCCAUCACGAUACAAUUGCCAUUGCAGCUGCAACUGGAGGCGGUGGACAUAGCAGUGGAGGAUACGGUGGUAGCAGCUACAGUUCUGGUGGCUACUCGGGAGGUCUCAGCCAAGAAGAAAAACUCGCUGCUAUCGCUGCAACCACAUCUUCAGGUGGAGGUCAUGGCAGCAGCUACAGUUCAGGCGGUUCAGGCGGUGGUUAUUCUUCAGCUGGUCCUGGAAGCUACAGUUCUGUAGUAAAUCAUGAUCACACUAUUGCUGCCGUCGCAGCCACAUCUGGCGCAGAUGCUGGCAGCAGCUACAGCAGCGGAGGCUGGCAGGCUAGUGGAGGUGGUUCUUCGUCGUACAAUUCCGCAGGUGACAGCUACUCGGGCAUUGAUAGCUACAGCGCCGGACAUGUCUCAGGCGUUGGCAGCAGUGGCUACAGCUAUCCAAAACCUGGUCACUAAUUCACACAGGAUGUAGAGCGGUGAAUGUAGAUCCGCUCACACCUCCUCGUCUAGUCUCAUUGCACACAAGCACCACGUGUGCCACACCAUUUAAUUUUAUUGUAUUUAUCCAAGACAUCCAUUUGUUAGGUUUAAGAUGAUUUCAAAGCUAGAAGAGUCCAAUGCAUUCCACAUUAACAUACCUUAUAUGAAGAUGCACAAAACUAAAAAGAAGAAUAAUUGAGAGUGCUUGAAGUUCAAUGAACGCGCCUCUUUAAAAAAUUAUUACUCAACUUCACAUCACGAUCAACAACAAAAAACGUCAUAAACAAAAACAUAACUUUAUGCAUAAAUAAAUUGUUAAUUAAUCUUAUUUAUAUAAAUGUCAUUGUUGUAGAAUUAACAAAAAAAAAACAUUACAUUGAGUGUAAAAUAAAAUAAAGAAAUUUAUAUAAAAUUUAA